AUGGUCGUUCGACCUUUGCUCCGAAGAGGCCGUACGGUCUGGCAGCAUCUGUCGAGGAAUGAUGAGGCAGAUGGAAAUUCGGUGCAAAUGAGCUCGGUCCAGGAGGACAAGAAUGGAGCGGACUUGACUGCCCCGCCUAGUUACUGUACCUCUGAGCCAUGCCACCAGUUGCCUGAUCAGUAUGCGCAGCGUGGUGUGCAGGACGUUGAAGCUGUUACUAUCACUUGGUCAAAAUGGAUGCUGAUUGGGGUAUUCAUCAAUAUUUGGUUUGUGUAUUUUAUCAACGCCUUCAUUUUGACGAUCCAGAACAGUCUUAAUCCAUAUGUGACAAGUUCAUUCCAAGCACAUUCGCUGUCGGCCGUUCCCACAGCUAUUGGUGAUGUCAUGGCAGCUGCCACUUAUCUUCCCAUGGCCAAAAUGAUGGAUGUCUGGGGUCGCGCAGAGGGCGUGCUCGUGAUGGAGCUCUGCCUCGUCAUUGGACUGGUUCUGAUGGCAUCCUGCAAUACCUUUGAAGCUUACUGUGCCGCGAAUGCCUUCUAUUACACCGGACUCUAUGGUCUAGAAUACGCAAUCGAUGUUGUGACGGCCGAUAUCUCCACUUUGCAGAAUCGUGCCUUUGCCUAUGCCUUCACGUCCUCUCCAUACAUCAUCACAGCCUUUGCGGGGCCGAAAAUUGCAGAUCAACUUUACAGCAAUGUCAACUGGAGAUGGGGCUUUGGUAUUUGGGCCAUUGUUUCCCCUAUUAUCGUCGCCCCUCUGUACGUUAUGCUGAAGUACAAUCUACACAAGGCCGAGAAAGAGGGCCACCGCAUCAAAAGACCGAGUGGACGAACAGUGCUUGAAAGUAUCUGGCAUUGGACAAUUGAAUUUGAUCUAUGUGGUGUUUUCCUGUUUACUGCGGGUCUCGUGUUAUUUGAACUGCCAUUCGACAUCGCAGAUUAUGCUCCCAAUGGCUGGGCCACGGGCUAUAUCAUCGCCAUGCUUGUUGUUGGAUUCUGCAUGCUGUUCUUAUUUGGAAUGUGGGAAAUGUGGGUAGCUCCAGUGCCUCUGGUAGGCAAGGAGUGGCGCGUGCUUGCAAAUCGCACUGUCAUCGGUGCAGUUCUCUUGGAUACCACAUACCAGGUGUCGAACUACUGCUGGAGCUACUACUUCACAUCGUGGCUCCAAGUGAACAAUGAUCUGACCAUCACAACCGCCAAUUAUGUCGAUAAUAUCUUCGAUAUGGUAUCGGGAGUGCUUUUGCUUUUCCUUGGCUGGCUUAUUCGCAGGGUUGGCCGUUACAAGUGGACUCUCUAUAUCGCUGUUCCACUUUACAUCUUCACUCAGGGGCUGAUGAUUUACUUCCGACGUCCCAACAUGCAUGUCGGCUACCAAAUCAUGUGCCAGAUAUUCCUAGCAAUUGGUGGCUCGAUCUUCAUCCUCACCGAGCAGAUUUCCAUCUUAGCUACUGUGGAUCACCAGCACGUUGCCACCGCACUAGCUAUAUUGAACGUGGUGGGCACAGUUGGUGACUCCGCAGGUCUUACCAUCAGUACUGUCAUCUGGCAGAACACAUACCUGAAAGCCCUUUAUCGAUACCUCCCCGAGUCCGCAUUGCCCAACUUGGAGAGUAUCUACGAGAGUCUUCCUGUACAACGGGGGUACCCCGUGGGCUCUGCGACCAGAGAGGCUAUUCAAAAGGCAUAUGCCUACUCCGAAGUCAGGCUGUUGGCGGUUGGAUGUGGUAUUAUUGUCUUAGCAAUUCCCUGGACCAUCAUGAUCAAGGAUGUUGAUCUCAGGAAAAGACAGCAGACCAAAGGUACGGUGUUCUAA